AAAAGUAGGCGUUGCAGUUUUAAGACGUUACCCCUAAACGGAGGGGAGCAACGCUUUUAACUAAGAAAAUACGACACCGAAUUGCAAAAACAAGGGGAGUAAUUUGUUCUCGAUCAUAAACUGGUUCAGAAUAUGUAAUUUAUAUCAUUCUUACAUGUUCCGUUUAAGAGGUAUUAACGAGCAAAGUCCGAAUCUUUAAUAUAAAGCCAACUACGUCUCACGUUGGGGAGAUAGCUAGCAAUACUGGUGUUAUAAAGAUGAAGUUGUCUUCUGUUGUAGUAACAUUGAUAUUAACGUUGGGUGUUCCUUAUUACAUCUAUACACCGUUACCUGCUGCCAUCGAGGAGCCUUUGAAACUGAUGCUGCUGGACGCCUUAUUCCGUGCUAUGCUGCAAGUGGGUGACCUGUGCCAGUGUCUGGGUCUCAGUCACCACAUCACAGUGAUUCGGGGGCCCACAUUGGGGCUGGGGUCCUCGGGGGARAUGGCGGGAGGGCAGGGAGGCGGGGUGAGGGUGAGUGACGUGGACUUUGACAGAGUCCCGGUGCGUGUGUACGAGCCCCCUGCCGCGGGGGGAGGAGAUGGGGGUCUGAGGAGGGCUGUGAUGUUCUACCAUGGAGGAGGAUGGGCCCUGGGGACCACCAAGAUGGGGAGCUUAUGAUGGUCUUGU